AUGUGCGAGAUUGAGUACCACAUCUGCCAGCGCUGCUACCAUGGGCACCCGCGCGUCACAAACAGGUGCCCGGCAAUACAUCCUCCUCAGCUCCACUGCCCGAGGUCAACAAAGUUCCACUUCCUUACCGUAGAGCCGGAACGAUGCUACUUGUACCCAUAUCACGCCGCCCCUAUCCCCCGAGACUAUACAGCAUACGUCAAGAGAAAGUGGAAAAGCUCGUUUCAGAAGGACCGCCGACACUCUACGCCGGCUGCCCUGCAAGAAUCUCAAAUGGCUACCUGGGCCUCGGCUGCGCACGAAUCUGGCUCGAACUUUCACAAAGUGCCGAUAUAUGCGCCUGAAGCCUUCUACCAGCAUCACGGUCACGGCAGUGGAGCGACCUACGAGAGUAGUCAGCCUCGUCAUCAUAUGGCUAAUCAUCCCGGACAAGAGGACGGCCCACCGUAUGCAUUCUAUCCUCACCAGGCGGCUCCCAUGCCCCCAUUCGUCAGUCCGGGACCGAAAUAUGGACUACCAACAAACGCGGUCUAUAUGCCCCCGAUCAAUGAGUUGAAGCCGACGCCCGAUCCGUAUGCCUCUGCCUCGAUACGGUUUGAAGGCCGGGUGCUGAACUUCAACCCGAAUGCCUCCACGUUCGAACCCCAGGGGAGAGAACACAGGCUUGCGGCAGACAUGGUCAGAGACAUCCAGCGACAGGAAACCCUCCGAGCCCUUGACGAGUCUAGCAGGGCUGCAUACUAUACCGACAAGCAUGGCACCGGCCAUAGUGAGGGUGGUGAUGAUGAGACCCAAACAACAGGGACCUCAACUGGUUCUUCAACACCCAAGGCAAGCAGGCUCACAUCGAGGAUAUUCAAUGCGGACGACCUGGAUUUUCAUGCUGCGGAUGACAUCGAUUCGACUGGAGAACAUCCAACCAAGCCUGAUGUCAAAGGAAAACAGAGAGAGAUCGUCGAGCCGAGAGAAACUGUCGAGUCCACAGACGCCGUUCAGCCCACAGAGAACGUCGAGCCCAUGGAGACCACCGAGCCCACAGACAUGAUUGAGCCCACAGACAUGAUUGAGCCCACAGACAUGAUUGAGCCCACAGAGACGAUUGGGCCUGGCCAGACAGUCGAGCCUGAAAGGGCUGACGAGCCUACAGAGACUCCCUCUUCUGACAUCCACGAACACUCCAAGGACGCUGGUUCUGGAGACAAGACCGAAGAAGCCGAGGCCGAGGCCGAGACCGCCAAAAUCACCAGUGAGAUCAGAUCUGCCAAAGAAGCCACCGAGGAGACUGCCAGUGACGUCGAAGAUGCUGAGAUCUUCAACGAGACCGAAGCUGUCGCCGAUACCGAAGCUGUCGACAAUGGUGGUAUCGACAAUGUUAGUAUCAAGACCGACAGUGCCGACAACGACGGCAAUACUGCUCUUACUGCCGAUACAGCAACUCCAACCCCUAUGAGCGAGAGUCAGCUGGGCGAGGAGCUCCUCGAUGAAGUUGAGCAUAACGUUGCAGAGGAGGUCACGAUGUCACCCUAUGCCAUUGGAACUGGAAUCUCCUGGAGCUGGAGCGACGAGGUCGAAGAGGCCCUGGAGAAUGGCGAACUGGAGAUGCAGCAUCAGCCGGACGUGGACAAGGCAGAGUCUGAUACUGGGGACGGACGGAGUGCUGCAGAUGUCGAGAGCCAUUCCGACACGGAAGAGCCAGAAGCGCACGACAUUGCUCGCUCUAUUAAGGAAGAGCCUGACAACGAUGAGUCCGAGACGACCGAUGCGCUUCCUACACAUCAUGUGAAGAACGAGCUAAGUGAGGAAGAUAUCAACUUGGAGGAAGAGAUCAAGUCGGAGGAAGAGAUCAAGCUGGAGGAUAUCCCCCUGUACCCAGGCAACGCAGAGACCCCAGACGAGGAGGUUUCCAAAAUUACCGAGGAUCAUACUCCCCUACGUAUCGAGGACCAGCUCAGUGAGGACAAGGUAAAGCUGAGUGACAUCCCUCUUCACCUUGGCGUCAAGGAAACCAUGGUGGAGGAGCAAGAGGAGCAUGGGGACGAACCUAAGCCAGAGGAGCAUGGGGACGAAGCUGAGCCAGUGGAGGCCAAAGACGAGAACAAAGACGAGGCUCACCAGGAUGCUCACCAGGAUACCGAAAGCACUGUUGAACACAUCGAAAAGGAGUCUGAGACGACGGACAACAAGACGGAGACGACCCAGCAGCCCAAAGCAGACGUGACCAAGGAAACCGAGAAAGACUCAAAGGCAGCUGACGAUCAGAGGAAGGAGAAUAACAAGGGCAAGGGCAAGAUCAAGGCAAAGGACGUAAAGCCGGUCUUCGACCGUGAGAGGGACUUUCCAGCACUGGGUGGAACGGCCGUGACGACUGCAGAGCAUCGGAGCCCCUUGCCAUCGGUCUGGGCCUCCAAGCCGAAAAUCCCUGCGUACCGUACUCCCCUUCCGCCGAGCCCCAAGAAGACUCGAACACCCGCGCCCCAAAGUGCAAAGGUCCAAGGACCGGUCCAGCCAUCCUGGAGCAAUAUCGCUGCUGGUAGAUGUGCGCCACCUGCAAAGGCGAUGUCUCCCUCGGGUCCGGCGGAUAGUGCUAGCGAGGGCGCGUCCACCCCUAGGCCCAAUACCGGCAAGGGUGAACACUCUCCCAAGAAGUCUGUGUCCAGUCCCAAGUUUGAGCAGAGGCGCAAGAAACCGCAACCGGAUGUGGAGAGGACCUCAUCGUCCAUCCCCGCAGGCGGCAACACUGGCGACGAGGCAUCAACCCGGAGACGUGUCACGCCGCCCACUCCGGUCAACGCCAAAUUGGCCAAGCGAGGUGUAGGCAGGGGCACACCAUCGUCAGCGUCAAAGUCGGCAUCUCCGCCAAACCCCGAACACCUUCCAACCGCCUGGAACAGAACCGCCUCAAUAUCAUCCACCACGGAAGCAGAGGUUGGAACUGCAUUUCUAUCCAGCCAGAAGGAAGGCGAGAGCGUUAGAUCCGACGACUCAAUUGCAGCCACGGAGGCGACCUCACAAAGCAACAUCAGAGACGAUCAACGCGAGUACAUCACUACCGCACAGUCGCCCAGGCCGCGCCUCUGGAGCCAGCUCAUUGGCGGUACGGGUACGCCGAGGUUCAGAUCUGGUUCCUUGACUUUGACCGACAACAGUAAUACCGAUACUGCCAAGAAGGGCGAGGAGGAGGCGUGGCCUUCGCUGGGUGCGGCGGCUACCGGUCCUGCCGGCAGCAGCGAGAGCGGUCAGGGAGGCAAGAAGCGGAAUGCCACCUAG